CACGCCGUUGAUGAGGAGGAUGGUGACGAACGAGCGACAGAGGCUGUACGCCAUCGAUACUCGGAAGGGCGGGAAGAAGGCAGAGAAAGACUCUAGCGUCGAGGCUCCCAUUCACCAAACCUCACCUGCCACGCCGGUGCACGAUGUUGACCAGCAUCUCCAGACAGCGCUUGACCCCACACUCCAGCGCCCCGCCGUCCAGAGGCAUUCACCUUCCACCCCGACUACGACGACUGUGCAGACACAAGCACCCAAUACAACCGCACCUCCUGCCUCCAAUCCCCCAGCCCUCUCAUUGCCAACAGCUCCCUUUGCACUAUUUUCCACCGACACCGUCGAGCCACACCUCACAAACAUCAACAUCUUCCUGACCUACACCUCCAGCACCUCCAAAAGCAUCAAGCUCUACGAGAAGCGCAUCUCAACGACCCGUCCCGCACACUUGACCUUCUACAAUUACACCGCCUUCCUGGAAGUCAUCAGCUCCAUGGUCCAUCGCGCUGAGCUACUUCACCCAUCCGUGAAGACUCCUCAGGACAACUCCACUUCAGAGACUACCUCGGCAGACGCUCGCUCGAGUGAGAGUCUAGUCGGACUCGCUGCGGCUGCGAACGCUUUGCAGCCCGACAAGGACGAGCAGCAGCCUCAGUCGGCAAUGGGUGUGGAGGCAUCGGGCGCGAAGUACACGGUUAAGACAGUUGGAACGAAUGGCUGGCAGGUUAUCGAUAGCGCGGAGAGUUGGUACCAUGUACUCACUGAGCGAGCGUUUGCGACGUGGGCGGAUGGCGUGUGUAAUGUCAUUGUUGAGCUUGGAGGUGCUCACGUGCAGACGGUGGCGAGGGAAGUGGAUGGUGUGGCUGAUACGACGGAGGGGGAGGUGCAGAUGGAAGGCGCGUGAGGACCGGGAGUAAUAUGUGUGAGGUGCAUG